GCGGGUUGGAGGCUUGUCGCGCCCCCUCCGCAGAGCAUGGCUUGGCUGGGUUGGUUGCUGUGGAUCUGGGCUCUGAUAACCGCUCUCGCCGCUUCGGGGCGCCGGGCCUUGAGUUACGCCUUUUACCGCUGCGGGAACGGGCAGCAUUUGCUCCAGAUGCCCAUGGCCUUGGCGGGUCCCCUGCUGUUCCGCAUUGGGUAUAAUCUCUAUGCCCACACCCGGCUGGGCUACCUGUUAUACAAGCGGCAGGUAAAGAAGGCACGGCAGCGUUAUCCCCAGGGGCACUCAGUUCCCCAGUCUGUGGAGUUCAAUGGUUUGAAGAUCCUUCCCAUCCCUGUUCUGUCUGAUAACUACAGCUAUCUUGUUGUUGACACUGGCUCCAACAGUGCUGUGGCUGUGGACCCUUCUGACCCUUUGGCUGUACAGAGAGUCAUUCAGGAAGAGAAAGUGACGCUGGAAGCUAUCCUGUGUACUCACAAGCAUUGGGAUCACAGUGGAGGCAACACAGCCCUGCGGCGAUGGCAUGGCUCCUGCAGAGUCUAUGGAAGCAGCUUUGAUGACAUCCCUGAGCUGACAGAUCCCCUCACAGACAAGGAAACCAUUGUGGUUGGGCGCCUGAACUUCAAGGCCCUCCUCACUCCAGGCCACACUCUGGGGCACAUGGUCUAUGUCUUGGAUGGGAAGCCGUUUGAAGGGCCUGGCUCUCUCUUCUCAGGAGACCUCCUCUUCCUCUCUGGCUGUGGUCGGAUCUUUGAAGGCACACCAGAAACAAUGCUGGCUUCAUUAGACAUAGCAGCUGAGCUGGCUGAAGAUACUCUGCUUUGGCCAGGCCAUGAGUAUGCACUUGAGUGCCUAAUGUUCGCAAGCCUUCUGGAGCUGGAAAACCCCCUCCUAAAACAGAAGCUCCAGUGGGUGAACCAGCAGCGGCUUGAGAAGAGAAGCACAUGUCCUUCCACCAUCGGCGAGGAAAAGCAGUACAAUCCCUUCUUACGGACUCACUGCCAGGAGAUUCAGGAAGCCAUGGGCCUACAGCGCCAAAGGGAUGAGGACUGGGACAUCUUCCGGGCCCGGGUACUGAAGGAAGUGCGACUACGAAAAGAUGUCUACAAAGCGAACCGUUAAGUAGACCGUCCAGUCCAGAGUAGGGGCCGAAUCAGACUUCUACAAAGACCAGUCCAGGCACAAAAUGGGUUCUGUCUUACUGAGAAGGUCUCAACUUGGAUACUGAUCUUUACCACGACAUGAAGGGAAUGGCAACUUUAUGAUUGGGGCCUUCACUUGAUCUUUUCCCCCAGAAACUCUGGUGCCAGUACUGUUUAUCCAUUUACUAUGGUAAGUGGGAUCACAGUCUCCCAGAAAGGGUCUCGCCUCACGGAUGACAGAGCAGAUUCUUUGAAAACCCAACAUGCAUCAUCGACUCCUACCUGCCCUCUUUCUGCAGAAGGGGAUGGCAUAGCAUACAGCGGAGUGAUGCUGAAACAGUUCUCUUUAUUUUCAGUGUGAGUUUAAGCAAAGUCUCCUGCAACUUAUUACAAGGGCAACUGUGCAUUUUUCCAAUGGAGACCAAUCCAUGUGUUGAAACUGAGGCUGUUUUGUCUUCCAGCUGUUGUCCAGCAGUUCAGAAGGAGGUUUGGCCUUCCCCCUUCCUCCUCUGCCAAACCUUUUCUUAAGCACCAAAGCAUCUUGCAACUCAUGUACAUUCAAGGAGAGAGUUUGUUACUGUAUACUUCAUGUUCCACUUUUUCCUCUUUUUUUAGUAGAACUGAAGAUAGUGGCAUUGAUAUCUACAGCUAUGCCAUGCACAGAUUUCUUGACAGAAAAUGUCCAGGCUCAUAUCAUGCAUCUUAGCAGUAAAGUAAUGUCUCUCAAACUUCAGGCUCUUAAUAAAACCCCAGGCCAACAAUUGCUCAAAUUUCUGAGAGAGCUGGAGAAUAGAAGUAGGAAGCUUGUUUGGGAGAUACUGUUAGUCCUUCAGUCUUCCCAUGUAAGUUGCUUGCAGAAGAAAUUGUGCAGACUAACUUCGUGGUAGGUAUUUAACUCAAGCUUCUCAGGACCGUGGUCUUGAGCUUGGUAUUUGUAUACAACUGCUAUAGUAUCUAUAAUAGAGCUGGGCAAAGUGUUUGAAAGAGAUGCCUUGCAACAUGCAACAAUGUGAGCAAAACACUUCACACUGGAUCAUUAAAGCAGCCGUAUCUUUUUCCAAGCUUGUGCAGCUGCUUUGAACGUUAUCCCUGAGCCAAGUGGCUAAAGCUACACAUUCAUGAUUUCUGUGCUUGCGAAGUACCUUCUGUGAAUGCUUUGCACAGUCAAGUAUAAUUUAAUUCCAGUUAGUUUCUUGUCUUUAUUGCAGCACAAGGUUCUUAAUCAGGAGAGGUUGAAAACAAUUUUUUAAUUUUGGAUAAAAUAGGAAAUAGUCUUAUCCUGUUUGCAGUGCUGUUUUGUUUGGAGCGAGAGAGUUGUAAACUUUACUUUUCAGUUUGGCCUUCUCUCUCUCAGAGUCUAUGGAGAUUUGUAUUUUGGAACACAGAAAUUUGGAACACUUUUGAUUUGUAUGUAUUGCUGAGAAAUGUUUGCCAAAUGUUGACAUUUUAUGAUACCACUAAAAUGAAAUUACCCACAAUUUAUAAUGGUGUAUCUUGUCUGUUGAAUCUCAGGGAAAAUAUUUUUAAGAGUCCUUCAAAACUGAAUAAUGACUUUUAAACCAGCCAUCCUCAUACUAUGAAAUUGGCAUCUACACAAGCUUUCUCAAAAGGAGGAUAAAGUCAGAGUAGCUGAAGACUAACUAGUGGAAGUUCCAUGUUGGAUGGUUGGAAAUAAAGUCACUAUGGAAGGGCAACGGCCUUCUCCACACUGUGUCAUGAUCAUGCUUGCAAUACCAC